AUGGAGGACCAUCUGCGUCAGAGUCUUUCCAACCAUCCCCAUGCCUUGCAGCAUUUCCACCACAGUAAUGCUGGCUCGCCCCACCGGUCCGACCGGGUGGCACUGUCCGUCAACGAGGGAACCUCCACAGCCCUCGAGCACGAGUCCGCCAUGAGCCAUCAGCACCGCAGCGGCAGUGUCAGCGACGAAGAGGGACAGCCCCCGCCGCGCUAUACCAGAGAAAACGAUCCCUUCCACCUCGCAUCCAAACUCAAGUCCGACGAAGAGAUCCGUCAGAUCCGGGCCAACACCUCCCGGAAACGGGAUUCGGUCAGCCAUGCCAAUAACUCGCGGAAGAUGGUGGCCAUGGUGCGCAACACGGGCCGCAUCGGAAAGCAGGCCAUCACUACCAAGAAGCUGCAGGGCUUCUACGAGUCGCAGAACGAGAACAUCCAGCGCAUGCUCAAGCCCGUCGAGGAGCACCGGCGUGCCGCCCGCGAGCUGAACAUCGACAACCGACUCAAGUACCGCAUCGCCGUGUACGGCAGUUUCGCCGCCAAUAUUAUUCUGUCGAUUGUGCAGGUGUACGGUGCCGUCUCUUCGGGCUCGCUAUCGCUGUUCACCACCAUGGCCGACGCCAUCUUCGACCCCAUGUCGAACCUGACUCUGCUGCUGUGCAACAAGGCCGUCAACCGUGUCGACCCGCGCAAAUUCCCUGCGGGUAAGGCUCGAAUCGAAACCGCCGGUAACAUCUGCUUUUGCUUCCUGAUGACCGCCGUCUCGUUCAUUCUGAUCGCCUUCUCUAUACGCGAGCUCGUCGAGGGCUCCCAGGAAGAAACCCAGUCGUUCCACCUGCCUUCUGUCAUCGCCGUCGCCGUCGCCUUCGUCACCAAGCUCGCCCUGUUCUUGUACUGCUGGGCGCUGCGCAACCAAGUCUCCCAGAUCCGGAUCCUGUGGGAGGACCACCGCAAUGACCUGCUCAUCAACGGCUUUGGUAUCUUGACCUCGGUCGGUGGCAGCAAGCUGCGCUGGUGGAUCGACCCCAUGGGCGCCAUUAUCCUGUCCGUGUUGAUCAGCGUGCUCUGGCUGCACUCGGCCUACGGCGAGUUCCAGUUGCUGGUCGGCGUCACUGCCGACACGAAGAUGCAGCAGCUGAUUACGUAUAUCUCAAUGACUCACUCCUCACUCAUCACCGCCAUCGACACUGUCCGCGCCUAUACAUCCGGCCCCCGUCUCCUCGUCGAGGUCGACAUCGUCAUGGAGGCCGAAGAGUCGCUGCGUGCCACCCACGACGUCGCCGAGGAGCUGCAGAUGAAGCUCGAGUCGCUACCCGAUGUUGAACGGGCGUAUGUGCAUGUCGACUACGAGACGACGCAUAAGCCUGAACAUUUCCUGAAGAAGGAGCUGUAA